AAUUCGGCAAUUCAUCCAAGAAGUUUGCUGACAAUUUUAUUUUUUUGUAACUUUUCGCUAAAAAGAAGGAAAUAAAUAUAAAAAAUGAUGACCGAUUUAGCAAGGGACAUUCCUAAACCAGGUUUCAGUUUUGAAAACUGUAAAAGAAAUGAAAUGCUUUUAAAGGAGGGAUUCCAACCUCCAAAAGCUGUUAAAACUGGUACUACAAUUGCUGGAAUAGUUUUUAAAGAUGGUGUUAUUCUGGGGGCCGAUACAAGAUCUACUUGUGGAGCAAUUGUAUCGGAGAAGAACUGCAAAAAAAUACAUUAUUUAGCAAAAAAUAUGUAUUGUUGCGGAGCUGGAACAGCUGCAGAUACUGAAAUGACUACUGAAAAUAUUUCAUCUCAACUAGAAUUACAUCGUUUGAAUACUGGUCGGCAAGUGCCAGUUGUGGCAGCUAAUACAUUACUAAAACAACUUUUAUUCCGGUAUCAAGGACACGUAAGUGCUGCCUUAGUUUUAGGCGGUGUAGAUAAAACAGGUUCGUACAUCUAUUGUAUUCAUCCACAUGGCUCAACUGAUAAGGUGCCGUAUUCAACAAUGGGUUCGGGUAGUUUAGCUGCCAUGGCAGUUUUUGAGGCACGCUGGAAACCAGAUUUAGAUGAAGAAGAAGGAAAGAAAUUAGUACGUGAUGCUAUUGCUGCUGGUGUUUUUAAUGAUUUGGGUUCUGGAUCUAAUGUUGAUUUAUGUAUUAUUCGUAAGGAUAAUACAACAUCUUAUUUAAGAAACUAUGAAAUUGCAAAUAAAAAGGGUGAAAGAAAGUUGAAUUAUGAUUUUAAAGUAGGAACAACUGAUGUUUUGGAGACUUUAGUUCAAAAAUUCGAGGUUACAGAAGAAACAAUCCCAGUUGCUAUGGAAGUUGCUUAAAUUUACUUUUUAAACAUAAUUGUAAUUGGUAAUUUUUCUAUGUUUUAAAAAUAAAAUAUUCAAGAAAACUUAA